GCGGGCGGGCGGGCGGGCGGUGUGCUGCGCGUUGCGCGAGCGGGGAGUGUGUGUGUGUGUGCGCGCGCGCGCGUCGGUGCUGUGGCGGCAGCGCGCGGGCAGGUUGAGGUGAGCGCGGCGCCCCCGCCCGACGGCUCCCGCCGCGGGCAGGAGCGGCAGCGCCGGGAGGAGACGUUUGCCGCCGCCGCCGCCCCUUGGUUCGUCUGUCUCCUUCCUGUGGCGGCGACGGCUGCUGUGUUGCGCUGCGCGGCGGAGCGAGGGCCACCCUCCCCUGUCAGCCGUGGCGGGCGGAGCGGCGGCGGCGGCAGCAGCAGCAGCAGCAGCAUGAGCGACGGCGGUGCCGCCCGGAGCACAGCGGCGAGGGCACGGUUGGCAGCGCGGCUGCUGGCGGUGCUCGGCUGCCUUCUGACAGCGGAGGCCCAGCUCACAGGAGUCCUAGAUGAUUGUUUAUGUGACAUAGAAAGCAUUGAUGACUUCAAUACUUUCAAGAUCUUCCCCAAAAUACAGAAGCUGCAAGAACGUGAUUACUUCAGAUAUUACAAGGUCAACCUGAAGAGACCGUGCCCGUUUUGGGCUGAUGAUGGCCAUUGUUCUAUCAAAGAUUGUCAUGUGGAGCCUUGUCCUGAGAGCAAAAUACCUGUUGGAAUUAAGGCUGGGAGUGCUAAUAAAUAUUCAAAAGCAGCAAAUAAUUCCAAAGAAUUGGAAGACUGUGAGCAAGCUAACAAAUUGGGAGCAGUUAACAGUACCUUAAGUAACCAAAGUAAGGAGGCUUUCAUUGACUGGGCAAGAUACGAUGAUUCACAGGAUCAUUUUUGUGAACUUGAUGAUGAGAGAUCUCCAGAUGCCCAAUAUGUGGAUUUGUUGCUGAAUCCAGAACGUUACACUGGAUACAAGGGGCCUUCUGCUUGGAGAGUGUGGAACAGCAUCUACGAAGAAAACUGCUUCAAGCCUCGAUCUGUCUAUCGUCCUUUAAAUCCACUGGCGCCUAGUAGGGGAGGAGAUGAUGGAGAAUCUUUCUACACGUGGCUAGAAGGUCUUUGUCUUGAGAAAAGAGUGUUUUAUAAACUCAUUUCUGGACUUCAUGCUAGCAUCAACUUGCAUCUGUGUGCAAAUUAUCUCCUUGAAGAAACCUGGGGGAAGCCUCGCUGGGGACCGAACGUGAAAGAAUUCACUCACCGCUUUGACCCUACUGAAACAAAAGGAGAAGGACCGAGGAGGCUCAAAAAUCUGUAUUUCUUAUAUUUGAUAGAGCUACGUGCUUUGUCAAAGGUUGCACCAUACUUUGAGCGUUCAGUUGUUGACCUUUACACUGGAAAUGGCCGUGAGGAUGCUGAAUCUAAAGCUCUCUUACUAGAUAUCUUCAGGGAUACAAAGACCUUCCAUAUGCACUUUGAUGAAAAGUCCAUGUUUGCUGGAGAUAAAAAAGGAGCCAAGUCAUUAAAGGAAGAAUUCAGAUUGCAUUUCAAGAACAUAUCCCGCAUAAUGGAUUGUGUUGGAUGUGACAAAUGCAGGCUGUGGGGCAAACUGCAGACUCAAGGCUUAGGAACUGCUCUGAAGAUCUUGUUUUCCGAGAAAGAAAUACAGAGCCUUCCUGAGAAUAGCCCAUCGAAAGGUUUUCAACUCACACGUCAAGAAAUAGUUGCUCUUGUAAAUGCCUUUGGAAGGCUUUCCACAAGUAUAAGAGAGUUGCAGAAUUUUAAAGUUUUAUUACAACAAACUAGGUAAUGAAGGCCUUUGAACAACCCAUUAGCGAAGACCAUUUACAUGACUGCAUUUGAGCAGAAGGAACUGAUCCUUACAGGACUCACAUGAACUGAUAAAAAGUAAAAUUGAAUACCAACUUGAAUAUUUAUGUUUAAACUAGAAAUGGUUAUUAAUUAGAAAAUAUAUUUAUGAAUGAAAUAUAUAGUUUUUAAAUGUGUAAAUUAUGCUGAUCUGAUUACUGUUUAAGUUCUCUGCUCACAGUUCUGUUGUACUGAAACUUAAUAAAUUUUCUUUAUUUUCUUGUCUUUGAGGCAGAUGUUUUAUACAAAAACAUACGUACCUCUACACUGACUUGGCCUGUCCUGAGAGAGGUGGUUCACCUUUUGCCUCUCCCCAGUACUGAGCUUCAGUGUAUUUUGAGGAUUGGGUAUGCCGACUCUGGCUGCCUAAAAGAAAAUAACAAAAGGGGGGUGGAACAGGAAAGGAAAUAAGGCUCUCCUUGAGUUUUGACUUCUUACUGUAAUAAUGAAACUUACUUAAAAAUAGGAAAUUUACUGAGCAGAAAACUUUAUUUCCUACCAAGCUCCUUUGCAUCAUGCUGAUACCAACAUGUUUUUCCUUAUGUGCUGCUUUUCAGAAUUUCCUUUCUUCUUUGAAAAAACUACCUUGUCCCUGAUGCAGCACAGUUGGAAGUGACUUUCCUGCACAGCCCCGUGGCUGCCUGCGUUUGCCUGGGGGUGGGGGUCAGGGCAGGGGGAGAUGGUUGGUGGAGUGCUGCUAGCUGAAAAGCCUCAGUCAAUCAAAGUUGCAUUUUAUUUUCUAGAUUGUAAUCACAAAUCCAGUUUCCAGAAUUUGUCUUUUUAAUGUCUAAAAUGUUAAAAUAGCACACUUGAUCUUUGAGCUGUGGAACUAGAUUUGCUCUUUAUGGGUUGUGUUUUAGUGCUGUUAAAAGGUCAGUGCAAACAGGAAGAACUUGGUUUUGUAGCCACUUUUAAAAAAGAUGCUUUUUAAAUUUCAUAAUCACACUGACAUCUAAUAGUGCAUACUCUAUCUAUGCAAUCCCUAACUGUAUCUUCUUUAAAAGGAUAUUCAGCAUAAAAAAACGGGUAUGUUAAUAACAGAACUUUCAUAAAAUAAGGAAUUCAUGUAUCAUUGCCUGCAAAUGUCAAUGAUAACUUACAGUUGUCCGAAACAGAAUUCAGAAACAGCACUACUGAUUAGUAGCAACCAAAUACUGGUUUAAAUUUAAAAUGAAGUAAUAAAUUUUUUUUAAACCAGCAUGUUUCAAAGUGAAGUUAGGUGUUAUGAAUGUAAGAAGUGCUGGUACAGUGUAGAUAUAGCUCCUUUUUUAAAAAAUUAGUAUUCACAAAAUAAAGUGCUCUUAGACAUUUUUCACGCUACCAGAUAUUUAGUGACCUGUUUAUAUAAUUGAUUGUAACUGUAUUGACUUCCAUAAUGCGGUCCUUUGCAGCUGAGAUUUUCUAAAAGCUGUAAUACGCUGCGUGUCCUUUGUUUCCAGAGUAGCCACAGAUACCUACCUGACUGGAAAUGAGAGAGACUACCUGCUGACACUUGCUGUUAUAAAAAACACUGUUUCUCAAGGAAGUAAACCCUCUUGAGCCGAACUGGGAUAAGAUAAAUGGAAAACAAAACAGGACAAAACCAAACCCCCUCACAAACCACCCCCACGAAGUUUUGGUGAUAGUUGCACAGAUAGGCAGUGAACUGGUUCGCAGUUGGAAGUUCCUGUUUAAGCCAGCAGAUAAUUUAAGGUGGUGUUAGAGAAAGCUGAUGCCGGUCUGGGGCCGUUACGUUCUUGCCCAGCAGCUUCUCCUCCUGCUUGUGGGCACCCGGGUCUGAGCAUGUCACCACAGGCUUCCUUUUUCUAGUUAAUGGAGGAGAGCAGGUGAUCUCUAGGUGGAUUCAUCUGGCCUAUUCUGAGCUCUGUGUUUGCACCCUAGUGUCUAUUUUCCUCUGUUAAAUUGAAGUGGGAAUCGAGGUAACUAGCUCACACAGCUGUGUUUGGUAAUGGAUUUACACCUCAAGUAUCUAACUCCUCGCAGUAACUGUAUAUAUUGAGAGAGUGGUUUUUUCAGUUGGCCAUCAAUUCCUUGCCUCUUGGAUUGACCUGCAAGGGCUAGAACCUGUAGGCUCACUUGUGUGAAGAAUGCUGUGUGGCUGGGACUUACCUAUGUUGUCGUACAUUAUACUGCCUAAAGCUUUAGGCAGGAUUUUUCUAGUUGAAAACAAAUUGUGCUGUCUGCGCUACCCCAGGAAGGACCUGAGUUUGAGAAUUUUCUUCCUUUUUCCCCCCUCACUUGGUGGGGAAAGUAAAUUGCUUCCAACCUUCUUCUGGGGGUGCAGCUUGCUAUUUUUCUUUUUUUUUUUUUUCCACCUGUGCCUGGCUAAAAUCUACGGACACUGAAGCAGCAUCGCGUACUACUAUCCCCCGCUUGCUCACGGGACGGGUGAGAGGCCCAGGGGACACACAGAUCCUGGGCAUCUGCUCCUCACACCCCUCCUUGGCACAGUGCAGGCACGGUUAAUACUGGAAGGACAUAGAGAGACGAGAAGCUUGUCAUGAAAACACAGGAAAGCAACUGAACAGGAAAUUCUGUGUAUGGGGAGGUUCGGUUGCGUUUGAAGGUACGUCUCGCUUGGUGAUCGAGUACGGAAGGCGUUUCACUUCACUGUCAUUGCCGAAAUAGGACAUAAGAAUUUUCCUGUUACAAAUCUAGUUGAAACCAUUUUCCUGUCACUGUCUUUUUUUACCGUAUUUGUACAUUCUGUGAUUAUGCUGCCUAUGAAGUUUUGCCAUGUAAGUCGGAUGACUUAGCUCUUUGUAUGUUAAACUAAAUUUUAGAAACCGACGGGUCCAUUUUUAUACUAAAGAAUACGGUUAGUUACACUGUCCGUGACCUGUAAACGAUCUUAAAUUCCAGCUCCCUGUUGGAGAUCAGCUUGCCAACAUUGUCCGUCGUUCAUUUCAGAGUAAAGGUACAUUUCCCUGUACAAAUGACAGAGUGAUUGUAAUCCCAGAGCUAGUGAGAAGACGAAGACAAAAACGUUUCCUUUUUCCCGGGUCAUGAAGACUUAUGUGAAACAGUAAAAAAGACUUGGUGCAAACUGCAAAGGUAAAAUGCAGGGCGCUGUUGCUGAACAACUUGCUCUUCAGUGCCUGAGGAGGAAGGUGAGAAUAUAGAUUGGAGACAGUGAGACAGACCUGCGUCAGCUGGAACAACAAAAGCGUUUCCCCUACUUCAGCUGGUGAUUUGUGCCGUCUGUCAUUGUACGCGCAUGAAAUACACUGGGCCACGCUUCCCUGAGUUGUGUUUUGACGGUCGGGUUGCCUUUAUCUGACCUUGCUUUGUGCUCUUCUGGGAAAUGACCUGUAAUAUUUUGUAAAUAAUCUCGAUGCUUAUGUUUAUAAAGUAGCAAUCAGCAAUUCAUCACUUUACAAUUCUUCCAUGUAGCUAGCCUGUUAAAGUGUAAUAUUUAUUAAAAUCACAGUCAAUGUUGGAACUGCUUACUGAGAUCUAAACACUUCUGAAUCUUUGCCAUGUUUGAAUCUACGAAAUGCAAAUUAAAGUAUUUUCUGCUACAA